AUGUCUCAAGUACCGGUAGAGCAGCAAAAAAAAGCGGCGGCAGCAUCUGCUGCUGUGCAGCAAUCUGACAACAUUGCGCACGCCCUGGCGGGAGCAGGAGGAGGCAUCCUUUCGAUGGUUCUAACCUAUCCCCUUAUUACCUUGUCGACCCGAGCGCAGGUUGAGUCGAAACGCGCCCAAUCGUCAACCCUCGAUGCUGUGCGCCACAUUAUCCAACGAGAAGGAAUCAGCGGGCUAUACUCUGGGUUGAACUCGGCUUUGUUCGGAAUUAGCAUGACCAACUUUGUUUACUAUUACUGGUACGAAUGGACCAGGGCAGCCUUUGAGAAAGCCGCAGAGAAGGCCGGCCGUGCCUCGAAGAAGCUCACCACUGUUGAAUCGAUUAUUGCGGGUGCCAUUGCUGGCAGCGCCACAGUGCUCCUCACAAACCCCAUAUGGGUUGUCAACACCAGGAUGACAGCUCGUCGGUCCGAAGAGAACGAGCAAGGGUUACCGGGCAGUGGGGCAAAGAAAUCUCGAUCCACCAUUCAAACUCUUAUGGACCUGCUUAGACACGAAGGACCCAGUGCCCUGUUUGCGGGUGUGUUGCCAGCACUGGUCUUGGUCAUAAAUCCAAUUCUCCAGUACACUAUCUUUGAACAGUUGAAGAAUGCCUUGGAACGACGCCGGCGAGUCACGCCAACUGAUGCAUUCUAUCUCGGCGCAAUAGGCAAGAUCCUAGCCACUAGCAUCACUUACCCUUAUAUCACUGUGAAGAGUCGCAUGCAUGUGGCUAGCAAGGAUGACCCGCGUCAAACUCUUAAUGGCAGCCUGAAGAAGAUUAUCAAGGAAGAGGGAUAUACAGGUCUUUAUAAAGGUAUUGCACCAAAAGUGACCCAGAGCGCCAUCACGGCUGCAUUCCUCUUCGCUUUCAAAGAUGUCUUGUAUGACACCAUGGUAACUGCUCGAAGACGCGCCGCGAUUCGCAAGUAA